AUGCCAGUACGUGGACUAGGAGGCGCUGCAAUCGUAACGGUAAAAUCCAGGGACGAUUUACGUCUAUCACGAAGUGGAUUUUACAUUCUGCAGUCAUCAUAUGAGUCGACGUUCUCGUUCGCCUUAACAAACUCGGGAAAUCGGAGGGCUUUUUCUCGCAUAGUUGUUCUUUACUGUGGCGAAUCCAACGUCCCAGAGCAUCUGCCUGUUGAUAUACGUCCGGCAUCUGGAAUUGUGAUUGAUCGCGGUGAUUCUAAGAAUUGGUCUUUUAUAGCAAGUUUCCGUUCGCCUACGGUCUCCAAUACCUGCGUUGGAGUGGCGAUCGUCUCAGAAUUCCAUAGUAUCUACGGCUUCAACCAAUGUAUGUAUAAUGCUGCUUUUUCAUGA